AUGCAGGAAGUUCCACUUUUAUCAAGUCGGCAAUCGGAACUAGAUGAACCAGACGAUGAGAGCAGAUGGGCUCCCAUUCAGCUUGCCGCUGCGCAAGGGAAUUUGUCCCAAGUACAGCGGCUUUUAGCCCAAUCAGUGGACCCGAACGAGCCCGCUAAAGGCUACUACGGGCAGACAGCCCUCCAGGCCGCCUCUUUUAAUGGACAUCUUGCCGUGGUUGAGAUGCUGUUAGCGGCAGGCGCAGACGUCAACGCUCCUGGAGGAAACAACGGAGGCAGAUCAGCGGUAGUACUAGCCUCUGGAGCGGGUUAUCUGGAUAUUGUCCACCUAUUAGUCUCUGCGGGUGCAGAUAUCCAGUGCCCAUCCCAUCAGUAUAUGGGUCGAACUGCCCUACAGGCUGCCGCUGAGGGAGGGCAUAUCGAGGUACUACGAUGGCUGCUUGAACAAGGCGCAGAUGUCAAUGCGCCUGCCGCGAAGACCCUGGGUCGCACUGCGCUUCAAGCUGCGGCUUUGGGAGGUCACGCUGAUGUCGUGGAGAUUCUCCUACACCACAAAGCCCAUGUGAACGCCCCCGCUGUGAGAUAUCGUGGCUUUACGGCCCUUCAAGCCGCGGCUUUUGGAGGCUACAGCCGGAUUGUUCAUCAAUUAUUAGAGGCAGGAGCUGAUGUCAAUGCUCAAGGCUCAUAUUUUAACGGGUAUACGGCGCUUUCGGCAGCGGCAGAAUGCGGUCAUUAUGAGAUUGUCCGGAUGUUGCUCGAUGCCGGCGCAGAUGUCUCCAUGACAUCAGGGAACAAAAAGUGGACGGCGGCGCGGAUUGCGAUCUUCCGAGGGCAAACUUCUGUCACGCAAAUUUUCCAAGAGAUCAAGCAGACGAGCCCGGAGCCAUAUUUUUUGACGCGGAGUAAGCCUCAGGUGGGUUUGAAUACUGGGAUGUGA